AUGGUUGAUACGACAGAUACAACUAGAUCAGUUAAUACAGAAUUGUGUCGACAAAUAUCUAUUGAAACUGAAUACUGGUUUAAUGUUUUAAAAAGAGUGGUAUCUGUUAUUAAAUUUAUAGCUGCUAGAGGUUUACCGUAUCGUGGGGAUUCUGAAAUAAUUGGAAACAAUAAUAAUGGAAAUUAUCUUGGCAUAUUGGGAUUAAUUUCAGAAUAUGAUCCAUUUUCAAAAAAUCAUUUGGAAGAGUUUGGAAACAAAGAAAAAGGGCACCUAUCAUAUAUUUCAAAAACUAUUUUCAAUGAAGUUAUACUUUUAUUAAAGACUAAUGUUAUGCACUACAUUACUAAUGAGAUAAAAAUAUCUAAAUAUUAUUCUAUUAUAAUGGAUUCUACUCCAGAACUAUCAAAAGUGGAUCAAGUGACUAUUGUAAUAAGAUAUUGUACAAAGUCAGAUGUACAAGAAAGAUUACUGGAAUCGGAACCUAUUGAAAAUCAUACAGGUCAAUCAAUUUAUGAUGUUUUAGAAAAACUUCUUUCAAAUGUUGGAUUGAAUAUUGAAGAUUGUAGGGGACAAUCUUAUGAUAAUGCUUAUGAGUAG